AUGGAAGGGAAGAUAAUUGGGCUUCCAAUUCACUUUCGUGCAAAGAGGGAGGUGUUGGCUGUGGCGGUACAAGAGGUUGUCGUAGCAACAAGGCUUGCGGUAGAAGCGGCAGAAGCUGCGGCAACAAGGGCAGCAGAGGCUUCGGCUUCAAUAAACUCCGCUAAAGUGCAUCAAAGAAAUCUUUCAAGCACCAGGCUUAGCUAUUGUGCUGCAGUUCACGGGGCAAAGACCGCAGCGUUUGCAGCAAAGGCGCCUGCAAAAGCGAUAGAAGCGACAGUUAAUGUGGACAUCAUCAGAUUGCGUUUCUACAAUAUGGCCAUAUCAAGAAGGAUUGCAGCGGAAGCCGCAACAAUGGUGGUCGUAGAAGCAAGGGCUGUGGCGGCGAAAGCAACAAGAGGGGCGGCGGAGGCUGCAAUAGCUGAAGCACAGGCGGCGCAGGUUCAGCAUCAGGCAUCAAAGAGUCUUACACAGAGGAUUAACUAUUGUUCUCAGCUUCCAACUACCCUUGUGAAAAUGUCGGCUGAAGCCGCAGCUCGCGCAGCACAGGCCGCAGGGUACGCAGCAAAGGCGUCGGCUGAAGCUACCGAGGCGGCAGCAAAUGUGGAGAUGAAGUUGGCUCAACUUCCAAAUCACGUUCGUACGAAGAUGGAGGCGUUGGCUGAGGCGACAAAAGAAAGUUGUCCUAGCAGCAAGGACCACGGCGGAAGCGUCAACAGCGGCUGA